UCACAUCUGUCUAAACAUCAGCACAUCUACAGUGACAGAAAUGAAUGGUUCAUCUGAGAGAAAUGAAGAGAGAGUUUUUACAGUGAGCAUCAGUAAUGUGAGCGUGAGAGAUGCUGGAGUUUACUGGUGUGGAGCAGAAACCAGAGACACACAUUUGACUUUCAUCUCCCUGAACACCAAAAUUCAGCUCAACCUCAUCACUAAAGUGGGCGUGUCUAGAGUGAGCGGAUACUCAGGAGGUCGUAUGAUGAUCAAAUGUGAACAUCCUCAAUACAAAACCAAUUCAAAAUACAUCUGUAAAGAAUCAGAUGGAUGUUCAGAGAGGAAGAAUCCAGGAGUUCAGGAUGAAUGGAUGGAGCAUGGAGAUGUUUCUUUAUAUGACGACACCAGAGCAGGAGUCUUGAUGGUGUUUUUUAGAGAGCUGAAAGCUGCAGAUGCAGGAACAUACAGGUGUGGAGUGAAUGUGUCUCCCUAUACUGAGAGCUUCACUGAACUCCAGCUGAACGUCACAGACGAUGCAAAAUAUCCAAAGACAGAGACUGAAUCUGCUCAUCUUGGUGAAGAAGUCAACAUCAGCUGUCAGAUCCCAGAGGAACAUAAAGUUCAUUUCUGCAAAGAGGAUGAUAAUCACAUCUGUCAAAACAUCAGCACAUCUACAGUGACAGAAAUGAAUGGGUCAUCUGAGAGAAAUGAAGAGAGAGUUUUUACAGUGAGCAUCAGUAAUGUGAGCGUGAGAGAUGCUGGAGUUUACUGGUGUGGAGCAGAAACCAGAGACACACAUUUGACUUUCAUCUCCCUGAACACCAAAAUUCAGCUCAACCUCAUCACUAAAGUGGGCGUGUCUAGAGUGAGCGGAUACUCAGGAGGUCGUAUGAUGAUCAAGUGUGAACAUCCUCAAUACAAAACCAAUCCAAAAUGCAUCUGUAAAGAAUCAGAUGGAUGUUCAGAGAGGAAGAAUCCAGGAGUUCAGGAUGAAUGGAUGGAGAAUGGAGAUGUUUCUUUAUAUGACGACACCAGAGCAGGAGUCUUGAUGGUGUUUUUUAGAGAGCUGAAAGCUGCAGAUGCAGGAACAUACAGGUGUGGAGUGAAUGUGUCUCACUAUACUGAGAGCUUCACUGAACUUCAGCUGAACGUCACAGACGAUGCAAUGUUUGCGACUGAAUCUGCUCAUCUUGGUGAAGAAGUCAACAUCAGCUGUCAGAUCCCAGAGGAACAUAAAGUUCAUUUCUGCAGAGAGGAUGAUAAUCACAUUUGUCAAAACAUCAGCACAUCUACAGUGACAGAAAUGAAUGGUUCAUCUGAGAGAAAUGAAGAGAGAGUUUUUACAGUGAGCAUCAGUAAUGUGAGCGUGAGAGAUGCUGGAGUUUACUGGUGUGGAGCAGAAACCAGAGACACACAUUUGACUUUCAUCUCCCUGAACACCAAAAUUCAGCUCAACCUCAUCAUGGCUCCAGUAGUGAGACGUGAAGGAGAAUCUGCUGAGAUCAUCUGCCCUUAUGAUUCAAUCUAUAAAUCAAAGUCAAAGUCUCUCUGUAAGGGGAAGUGCUCCACUAGAGAUAGAAAUACUCUCAAUGAAGAGAAAGAGACCAAGACUGACAGAUUGACUCUGAAUGAUGACGUCACUGCAAGUGUCUUCACUGGGACCAUCGCUGGACUGACAGCAGAGGAUGCUGGGAAAUACUGGUGUGCAGUGACAUUAGAGAGAGACGUGAAUUAUCUUUACACUCAUCUGAUCGUCAUCAUGAACGAGGGUGAGGAAGGUUUAUCAUCUGAAUAUGUCAAACUAUGGCUGUGA